CCCCCGGCCCUGCAGAUGUGGCAGUGAAUCAUGUCGACACCCCAGGGCCUGCUAUGGGUCCCCCCGGUUUGCACCCCACUCUGGAACUGGAACUUGCUUUGCUGGGUGGCGGCAUUCGCACUCGGGGCAACCGUCACCCAGGGCCAAGCUCAGUACCCCGUGGUUAACACAAACUAUGGCAAGAUUCGGGGUCUACGAACGCCUCUGCCCAACGAGAUCUUGGGGCCCGUGGAACAAUUCUUGGGGGUCCCCUAUGCCUCCCCGCCUACCGGGGAGCGACGCUUCCAGCCCCCCGAACCCCCUUCUUCCUGGACCGGGGUGCGGAAUGCCACCCAGUUCCCGCCCGUGUGUCCCCAACAUCUGGACGAGCGGUCUUUGCUGCACGACAUGCUCCCCAUCUGGUUCACGGCCAACCUGGACACGCUAAUCACAUACGUGCAGGACCAGAACGAAGACUGCCUGUACUUGAAUAUCUACGUCCCCACGGAGGACGGGGGAAACUCAAAGAAAAAUCCAGAUGAUUUGAGCAGUAUCGAUCGUGCUGAAGACGAAGACAUCCACGAGCAACACAGCAAGAAGCCCGUGAUGGUCUACAUCCACGGCGGGUCCUACAUGGAGGGCACCGGGAACAUGAUCGACGGCAGCAUCCUGGCGAGCUACGGCAACGUCAUCGUCAUCACCAUCAACUACCGCCUGGGAGUCUUGGGCUUCCUGAGUACGGGGGACCAGGCGGCCAAAGGCAACUAUGGGCUCCUGGAUCAAAUCCAGGCCCUGCGUUGGAUCGAGGAGAACGUGGGGGCCUUCGGCGGGGACCCCAAGCGAGUCACCAUCUUUGGGUCGGGGGCUGGAGCCUCCUGUGUGAGUCUGCUGACCUUGUCCCACUAUUCGGAAGGUCUCUUCCAGAAGGCCAUCAUCCAGAGCGGGACAGCGCUGUCCAGCUGGGCCGUGAACUACCAACCGGCCAAGUACACCCGCAUCCUGGCCGACAAAGUGGGCUGCAACAUGCUGGACACCACGGACCUGGUGGACUGCCUGCGCAACAAGAAAUACAAGGAACUCAUCCAGCAGACCAUCACGCCGGCCACCUACCACAUCGCCUUCGGGCCGGUCAUCGACGGGGACGUCAUCCCCGACGACCCCCAGAUCCUCAUGGAGCAGGGUGAGUUCCUCAACUACGACAUCAUGCUGGGGGUCAACCAGGGCGAGGGGCUCAAGUUCGUGGACGGCAUCGUGGACGGCGAGGACGGGGUGACCCCCAACGACUUCGACUUCUCGGUGUCCAACUUCGUGGACAACCUGUACGGCUACCCCGAAGGCAAGGACACGUUGCGGGAGACCAUCAAGUUCAUGUACACCGACUGGGCCGACAAGGAGAACCCCGAGACGCGGCGCAAGACCCUGGUGGCCCUCUUCACGGACCACCAGUGGGUGGCCCCCGCCGUGGCCACCGCGGACCUCCACGCCCAGUACGGGUCCCCCACGUACUUCUACGCCUUCUACCACCACUGCCAGACGGAGAUGAAGCCCACCUGGGCCGACUCGGCCCACGGCGACGAGGUCCCCUACGUUUUCGGCAUCCCCAUGGUGGGCCCCACCGAGCUCUUCAGCUGUAACUUCUCCAAGAAUGACGUCAUGCUCAGCGCCGUGGUGAUGACGUACUGGACCAACUUCGCCAAGACCGGAGACCCCAACCAGCCGGUCCCCCAAGACACCAAAUUCAUCCACACCAAGCCCAACCGCUUCGAGGAGGUGGCCUGGUCCAAGUACAACCCCAAAGACCAGCUGUACCUGCACAUCGGCCUGAAGCCCCGGGUGCGAGACCACUACAGGGCCACGAAGGUAGCCUUCUGGUUAGAGCUGGUCCCACACCUACACAACCUCAACGAGAUCUUCCAGUACGUCUCCACCACCACCAAGGUGCCCCCCCCGGACAUGACCUCCUUCCCUUACGGCACCCGGCGGUCCCCGGCUAAGAUCUGGCCCGCCACCAAGAGACCCCCGGUCACGGCUGCGAACGCCCCGAAACACGCCAAGGACACGCAAAAGCCCGAAGACACAACAGUGCUCAUCGAGACCAAGAGAGAUUAUUCUACAGAGCUCAGCGUAACCAUUGCGGUCGGUGCGUCCCUCCUCUUCCUCAACAUCCUGGCCUUCGCCGCCCUCUACUACAAGAAGGACAAGCGGCGCCACGAGACCCACCGGCGACCCAGUCCCCCCCGCGACCCCCCGAACGACCUCUCCCCGCUGCAGAACGAGGACCUCAUCAAACAGCUGGAGCGCGAGCACGAGUGCGAAUCCCUCCAGGCCCACGACACGCUGCGCCUGGCCUGUCCCCCCGACUACACGCUGACCCUGCGGCGGUCCCCCGAGGACGUCCCCCUCAUGACCCCCAACACCAUCACCAUGGUGCCCAACACCCUCGCCGCCAUCCAGCCCUUACACACCUUCAACACCUUCGGGGGCGGCGGCCAGAACAGCACCAACCUGCCCCACGGACACUCCACCACCCGGGUAUAG